UUUGGCUAUUUUGGUAGCUUUUGCGUUCCGGCCACAUCCGUUACAAAAUGUCCGCACGCGUCUUCAAGAGCUUUAUGCGUGACUUUUUUGCGGUGAACUAUGAUGAGCAGCGGGCUGAUCCGGAGGCGACGCGCCUGGAUGGCAACGGUCGCUACUAUCCCAACUGCUCUUCGGACGUUUGGCUGCGCUCAUGCGAGCGCGAGAUUGUGGAGCCCAUUGAGGGUCACGUCAGCGGCCAUAUACCCGACUGGCUGAACGGCAGCCUGUUGCGCAACGGGCCCGGCAGCUGGAAGGUGGGCGAGAUGAGCUUUGGCCACCUCUUCGACUGCUCGGCGCUGCUGCAUCGCUUUGCCAUCAAGAACGGUCGCGUCACAUAUCAGAAUCGCUUCGUGGACACGCAGACCUUGCAAAAGAAUCGCGCCGCCCAGCGCAUUGUGGUCACUGAAUUCGGCACAGCUGCCGUGCCGGAUCCUUGCCACUCGAUCUUUGACAAAUUCGGUGCGAUCUUUAAGCCGGACAAUGGCACCGACAACUCGAUGAUAUCGAUUUAUCCGUUUGGCGAUCAGUAUUAUACCUUGACCGAGACGCCAUUUAUGCAUCGCAUAAAUCCCUGCACACUCGCCACGGAGGCACGCAUCUGCACCAGUGACUUUGUGGGCAUCAUCAACCACACCUCGCAUCCGCAUGUGCUGCCCAGUGGCACGGUCUAUAAUCUGGGUAUGAGCAUGACCAAGUCUGGGCCGGCGUAUGCCAUAAUCUGCUUUCCCAAUGGACAGCACAUGUUUGAGGAUGCACACGUGGUGGCCACGCUGCCCUGCCGCUGGAAACUGCAUCCUGGCUAUAUGCACACGUUCGGGCUGACCGAGCAUUACUUUGUGAUUGUGGAGCAGCCGAUGUCCGUCUCGCUGACGGAGUACAUUAAGGCGCAGCUGUCCAAUCAGCAUUUGGCGGCCUGCCUGAAGUGGUACGAGGAUAAGCCUACGCUAUUCCAUCUGCUGGAGCGAUCGAGCGGGAAGUUGGUGCAGACCUACGAGUCGGAAGCCUUCUUCUACCUGCACAUCAUCAACGCCUACGAGCAGGAUGGCCACGUGGUGGUGGACCUAUGCAGCUAUAAGAAUCCCGAGAUGAUUAACUGCAUGUACCUGGAGGCCAUAGCCAAUAUGCAAACGAAUCCCAACUAUGCCCAGCAUUUUCGCGGACGCCCCCUGCGCUUUGUGCUGCCUCUGGGUGCCGGCAGUUCGUGCAGCUCCAGCAAGCGACGCCUGGUCAAGUCGCUCUCCCUGGUGGGUCUGACGGCACCACCCCCCACGCUCCUGAAGCACUCCGCCUCGCAGUAUGCGGACAUUACCUACAUGGCCACCAAUGGCAAGCAGGAGAUUCCCACCAAAGAGUCGAAGCGUGCGAGGUACGACGAGGACGACUGCGUCAACCUAGUCACACUGCGGAAUACCCAAGCGGAGGCCUACCAGGGUGCCACUGGCAUCUAUCUGCGGCCCGAAAUGCUCUGCGACUGGGGCUGCGAGACGCCCAGAAUCUACUACGAACGGCAUAUGGGCAAGAGCUAUCGCUACUUCUAUGCCAUUAGCUCAGAUGUGGAUGCACAGAAUCCGGGCACGCUCAUUAAGGUGGAUGUGGUGAGCAAAACUUGCAAGACUUGGUGCGAGGAUAAUGUCUAUCCAUCGGAGCCAAUUUUUGUGGCCGCGCCGCAGCCGCAAAGCGAGGACGAUGGCGUCAUACUGGCCUCCAUGGUCGUGGGUGGCGGACUCAACGAUUGCUAUGUGGGUCUCAUAGUGCUCUGUGCCAAGACCAUGACGGAGCUGGGGCGCUGUGACUUUCAUACCAAUGGCCCGGUGCCCAAGUGCCUGCACGGCUGGUUUGCCCCGAAUGCAGUUUAAAGUGCAUGUCAAAUAUUUAACUCGUAGUUAAUCUCUGUCUGUAUUUGCCUUAAAGUCUAGCUUAGUUCCUACACGAAUUUUGGAUUUAUGAUGUUCGCAAUAAACUCUUGCCAUUUCUUUUGGAACACCCGA